GUCAGACCCCAUCGCUUCUUCAGCUGCGGAUCACCAUCUGAAAUGCACUUGACUGGACUCUGCGGGGUUUGCGGGAAUCUCUCGUGCUGUGAAGUCAUGGCUUUCCAUCCUCAUUUACCGACUGCGCGUCACUGAAGAUAAACACGCGGGAGGCAGAGUUUCUGAGACAGACUUUGGGACUAAAUGACAUUUGUUUCCCUUUGAACCACACUCGGUUUGACGAUGGAGACCUUAUUUUACCUGCUUGCCUUCAUGUUGACCCGGGUCUGUUCGGGUCUCGGAUAUGCGGAGUCCAGUAUUCAUACCGGGCAGAGAGCGGCGAGUAGACACAGGAACUGGUGUGCUUAUGUGGUGACACGCACGGUUAGCUGUGUGAUGGAGGACGGGGUGGAGACGUACAUCAAACCAGACUACCAGCGCUGCACCUGGGGCCAGUGUCCUAGAGUGGCCUACCGGACAUACAGGAGGCCAAGGUACAAGGUAGCUUACAAGAUGGUGACAGAAAUGGAGUGGAAGUGUUGCCAUGGUUACUCAGGGGAAGACUGCUAUGAUGGGCCACAAGUAACCACAGAAGGAGGGCGACCUCGUGUCACGGAAACGGGGUACAACCCAGGAGGCGGGCAGAAAGGAGCGGGUGGUGACAAUGAGAAGAUUAGACAGCUGGAGGAGACGAUCCGUGGUCUGACCAAAGACCUCCACAACAUGCAGACCACCAUUAAUGGCAUAAACCAGAAGCUGCCUGGUCUGAAUGGGGCAAUUGUCCCUGCUGAUUCAGCUCAGCCACACAUGAAAGAAACCAUCAACAGCAUCCAGACCAAGCUGGAUCACCUGUAUAAUAGGACGCAGGUCCAUGAUCAGACCCUGCUCAACAUCAACAACCACCUGGUGAACGGUGGGGGCAAUGAACUGGACGGAGCGGCUAGAGGAGGAGGAUCUGGGGGGAACCAGCUGAACACUCUGAAGGAGCAGAUACUGACAGAACUUGAGAGAAGGGUGUCUUUGUCCUGCUCUGCCUGCCAGGCUGGUGUGGAAGACCUGAGGCGUCAGCAGCAGGAGGACAGGGAGAGGAUCAGGGCCCUGGAGAAGCUGUUCAGCUCCAUGGACCAACACUUUAGGCAGAGCCUGGAAAUCUCACGCAGUGAGACUGAACGCUCCCAGGCCUGCUGCAAAAGAGUCACUGAGCUGGAGAAGAGGCUGUCUGACGUAGAGGUCCGCGUCACCUCCACUGCUAACAAGUGUGACACCAUUAAAGGCCGUCUGGAUAAGGAGCUUGCUGGGACCGGUGGUGGAAAGGGAAGAGUGACAGAGGACAGGUUCAAUGGCAGACUGAGAGAAUUAGAGAAGAGGGUGAAUAACACCCUGAGGAAGACAGAGCAGAGGUGUACGAAUACCGGGAACAACAUGAAGGACACUGUCCAGAGAGACGUAACACAGCUGCGCAACAUGGUCCUCAGUCGGCUGGAUGACCACAGCUUCAAGAUAGGAAAACUAGAGCUGGAUGUGGCCGUUCUUGGAGAUACGGUGACGGACCAUAGUCGACGUUUAAGUCAGCUGGAGAACAUUACAACCUUCUUGGACAGAAGACUAACAUCGACCACAAAGAUGUGCAAUGAGACCUGUGGGCCUAAUGGAAAAGGCCAAAAGACUGAUGACACGGUGAAAACCUUACAGUGGAGAGUUGUGGCAAAUCAAGAGGAGAUCCAGAAGUUUAACACCAAGCUAAACAAUCUGUCCGUGUCAGGAGACUCCCUGAGUGAGAGAGUGAUCAACUUAACGGAUGAUGUCAAAAAGAUAAUCGCUGUGACAGGGAAAAAUGGUGAAAACUUCAACCGGAUUGUCACAGAAAUUGAAAUUUUGGGCCGUGACUUUGAGGACUGUUCCAUUUGCAGCAGUAUGAAGGAGGACUUACGCUCAUUAACCAACUCCACCAUCACCGGUAUCAGCAGGUGCCAGACAGAGCUGACGGAUCUGCGCAGAAAAGUCGACUCGGGAGAAUCCAUCUGCUCUCAGGUGUGCUCCAACCUUCAGGAGGAGGUAGGACGACUCAGAGAGGAAGUGGAGGAGUGCACUGGACAGUGUAAAAUCAACAUAAAUGAUCUCAAGACACGUCUGGAUGGUCAUACUGUCCACAAUGGGAGAUUAGGAGGCGAUCUGAAGUCUAUCCAAGGAGAGAUUGCUGGUUUUAUGGUCACGUUUAACUCCAUAAAUGAAACUCUGAAGGGGCUGGGAAGGACUGUACAGACACACGGGAACAUGCUGAUUGAUCUGACCAACAACAAGGAUGAUAUAGUAUCUGAGGUGAACAACUUGCAGAACAAGCUGACGGAGCACGUUGCGGACUCGAGGAGUCGAUUUGACAGCCUGGGCAGAGAGAUCCAAAUAAUUAGGAGCAACUAUGUGACAGAGGUGGGGGAGUGCCGACGGGCCAGCGACGGUCUGGACCGAAGACUCUCCAAGCUGGAGGGAGUGUGCGGACGAUUCGACUCUUUUUCAGACAGCCUGGAGAGGAUCAAGGAGGGCCUGAACCGACAUGUGUCUGGGCUGUGGAGUUGCGUUAAUGGACUCAAUGUCACGGUAACAUCGCAAGGAGAUCUCAUCGACAAUAUCCAGAACGUACAGCUGGAGAACGUCCACACCAAGAUACGCAGGCUGAACUCCUCAGUGCUGGACUUGGCCAAGGAGUUCCACAGUUUCUUUGAGAAGGACUUCAUGGGUCCACCUGGUUUGCCAGGACCCCGUGGAGAGAGAGGCGAGCGUGGACUCGACGGUCCUGUAGGACCCCAAGGGAGGGUGGGACCUCCAGGCAGAUUGGGAGAGCAGGGACCAAUGGGACCGCCAGGUCUCAGAGGUGAACAGGGUCUUGCAGGGUCUGAUGCCCACGUGCCACGCCUUUCUUUCUCCGCCGCUCUGACUCGUCCAAUGAGAGGCGCAGGAACCAUAGUGUUUAACGAGGUCUUUGUCAAUGAAAACAAUACCUACAACCCCAAAACAGGUUAUUUCACAGCUCCGGUGAGGGGGAGGUACUUCUUCAGCGGCAUUCUUACGGGCCACAAGAACAUAAAGAUCGAGGCCGUGUUGUCCAAGUCCAACACUGGAGUGGCCCGAGUGGACUCGGCUGGGUAUCAGCCCGAAGGCCUGGAGAAACCAAUGGCAGAGGCCAAACACAUUCCCGGAGCUCUGGCUGUCUUCAACAUCAUCCUGCCCAUGGAGGCAGGGGACACAGUCUGCAUCGACCUCGUCACGGGCAAGCUGGCCUACUCCUCUGAACCUUUGACCAUCUUUAGUGGGAUGCUGCUGUACGAGACCAUCUGAUUGGAUGCGGUUUCAUCAUGACCUGUCAGUCUGGGUAAAACUUCCUGCACACGGGCAUCUAAUUUGUCUGUUGAACUCUUAAGCGACAGAGUCAUUGACUGAGCAGUCAAAGAAACUGAAAUACCUGGACUGGAUUUAUUCAGCAAGGAGAAAUAUACCUUAUAUUUUAUCUUAUGUGCUAAGAAAGAAGGAAAUUUCAACACAGCUUUAAGGAAAAUUAUCUGAGUAAAGCAGUUGUGUUUUCUUCAGAAAAAGCCCCUCCAGGUUUAUCUUAUAAUUCCAUAUUUCAUGCUGUGCUAUAAACUUGAAUUCUUUACUGAUUACACCAGGACAGCCUCCAGGUCUUUCUGGUGUCACUGAAUGGAAAGUUGGUAAAAUGAUAAAGGAUUAAGGAUGUGGUUUUUUUGUUUUUUGCGUGUUAUCCAGCCACAGCAUAUCAAAUGUUCAGAGGUUAUUACACAUUCGUUUUCCCGUAUUGCUCACAGUUUCAUUUUGACCACAAGCAAAUUUUCAGGAACAUAAUGCUGAGUGCCAAUUGUCUUGAAAAAAAACUGCAGAGUGAUGCAGGCAGAGG